UUUUAGAAACGAAAAAUGAAACCAACCUCUUUAUUAAAUCGAGCUAAUUUGACGCCAUUUUACACUUAUAAGGAAUUAAUUCCGCUUUGUGGUAAAAAUUUGGUUCCGAAUGCAACGGAGAGGCCAAGAUCUAAAAACAAAUGUUUGGAUGAAAUGCAGCAUUUAUUUGCCUGUUUAAAGAAAUGGGAAUAUGACGAUUUGCAUUGUAAAGAAUUUAAUGAAGCUUUGCAACGCUGUGUUACAGAAAACCAUGUCCACAUCCAGGCACAACUUAAGCGAAAUCGUGAGGGAGAAUUAAAGUUUCACAUUGCCUCGGAAGGAAGCAACGUUAAAGAACACGCAGACAAAAUGUCUUUAAAAGAAAUUAAUACUUUAUUCAAAAAAUAUCCACAACCGGAUUUGCCUAAACCUCCAUACAAUCCUCAUCAACGUAUGGGACAUCAACCUUAUUGGGGAGAUCAAUUCAAUCUUAAAUAUAAGAGAGGGAAAAAGAGUUGA